AUGGAGACGUCGAUAGAUUUCAGCGCUUUAUUUAUCCUUACAGAGACACCCGGAAAGUUUAAGAUUGUACCGAACUUGGCAUUCCAUUAUAAAGAUAUACCUCUCGCUGAAUUUGGGCUGAAACUCGUUUAUCCAGGAUAUUUAGGAAUACUGAAUUGCAAAUUCAGGUUCUGUUAUGCUUUGGCACCUGUCGACAAAAUGCCUACUGAAAAAAAUAUUCACGAUGAAGCCCAAAGGCUCGGAUUUAAAGGUGACUUCAACCGAUCCUAUUUGCUGGAGGAGCAGAUGACACCGCACCUCUCAAUAUUUGACGACGACGAUAUUGAGAGAGACCCGGAAGAACUUUACGAUGAAGAUGGUGAAGAUUAG